GCGGAAGUGCCGGGCAUCACGAGACAGACCGGGCUCCGCCGCCGCCAUGCUGCUCUCCUGCUUCCCGGAGCUCUACUUCAACGUGGACAGCGGCUACCUGGAGGGCCUGGUGCGCGGUUUCAAGGCCGGGGUGCUCAGCCAGGCCGACUACCUCAACCUGGUCCAGUGCGAGAGCCUGGAAGAUCUAAAGCUUCACCUCCAGAGUACGGACUAUGGGAACUUCCUGGCAAAUGAAGCCUCUCCUCUCACUGUCUCUGUCAUUGAUGACAAGCUUAAGGAGAAGGUGGUGGUGGAGUUCCGGCACAUGCGGAAUCACGCUUACGAGCCUUUGGCCAGCUUCCUGGACUUCAUCACCUACAGCUACAUGAUCGAUAAUGUCAUUCUACUGAUUACCGGGACGCUCCAUCAACGCUCCAUCGCAGAACUGGUACCCAAGUGCCACCCCUUGGGCAGCUUUGAGCAGAUGGAGGCUGUGAAUAUUGCCCAGACACCAGCUGAGCUCUACAAUGCCAUCCUGGUGGACACGCCUCUCGCCGCCUUUUUCCAGGAUUGCAUAUCUGAGCAGGACCUGGAUGAGAUGAACAUAGAGAUCAUACGAAACACUUUGUAUAAGGCUUACCUGGAGUCCUUCUACAAGUUCUGCAAGAGCCUGGGAGGCACAACAGCAGAUGCCAUGUGCCCGAUUCUGGAGUUCGAAGCGGAUCGCAGAGCCUUCAUCAUCACCAUCAAUUCUUUUGGCACCGAGCUGUCCAAGGAGGACCGCGCCAAGCUCUUCCCCCACUGCGGCAAACUCCACCCCGAGGGCCUGGCUCAGCUCGCCCGGGCAGACGACUACGAGCACGUCAAAACCGUGGCCAAUUACUACCCGGAAUACAAGUUGCUCUUUGAAGGAGCAGGGAGCAACCCUGGUGACAAAACCCUGGAAGACCGAUUCUUUGAGCACGAGGUGAAGCUGAACAAGCUGGCCUUCCUGAACCAGUUCCAUUUUGGUGUGUUUUAUGCUUUUGUGAAACUGAAGGAGCAAGAAUGUCGCAACAUUGUGUGGAUUGCGGAGUGCAUUGCACAGCGCCACCGAGCCAAGAUUGACAACUACAUUCCCAUCUUCUGAGUGUUUCCCUUUGUCUGGCAAAGUCCGUAGAUGUCCCGGAUGGCUUCUUCAGCCCCGCCUGGGGAAGCUGGGGCAGGAGGGAACCCACACGCACCCCCCUUUCCUCUUGGACUCCUUGUGCCUGCCAGAAUCGGACAGGUUAAAUCGUGCUGUGUCUGUACCAACUCGUUGUGCUGUUGAGAAGGCAUCUUGCUGGGCGCAUCAGAAGGUUUCACAUCCGCAGCCCUCCUGGGGGCCCCAUUUGGGACGCACCGAGCGUCCAGUUCAUUUCAUGACCCCUCUUUGCAUCUGCUGCCUGUUGCCACCAUCAUCGGGCUUUUUGGCCCAGGUCAGGGCAGUCCUGAGGCCUCCUGGAAGCGGCAGCUUAGCAAGGGACCCUGUGCUUGGAGUGCUGCUAGAACGGCAUUCCCCUCCCCCUGCCUCCCCCCCAUGGGCCUGCCUGCUUCUCCCCUGGCCUCUGAGUCCCCUAGCAGGCCUAGCAUUGGCUGGGCUGGGCUCCAUCCGAUCUUCUCCAGAUGUUGGCUCUGACCUUAAACAGCAGCUCCAGCCCCCCCGUUCCUCCUGCCCGGAUGGUCAGCAGUGGGUCUUUCCGAGGGUCUCGACCCCAAGUUCAGGCAAGGAUCUUCCUGCCUGGGAUGGUUCUGAGCUCUUCUCACUCCUUGUUUUGGGCACCUGCAUCAGCCCAUUUACCUGAGCCAGGUGAGGCUGGUGCUUUUGACCUCCAAGGCAUCUUUUCUCCCACCAGAGAUAAUCAAAAAAGCUGCCCUUCCUCCUAACAGACCCAAAACUCUUGUUGAAACCCCCUUUUUUCUCCCUUGAGACCAGGCAAUUUGGCCCCUGGGGAAUUGGGGGGCGGGUCUUUGUUGCCUGGCCUCCUACAAAAAAAGAUAGAUGUCCAUCCCUUUGCCCCACUCUUCAGAAAAUGGGCGUAGUCUGCCCCACCCGGCUUCCAAAGGCCUGGCUCGCAUCCCCAGUGGGUCCCCUGUGAGCCCCGGCCAAAUGCUGCCCUUCCCUGGCUUUUGUGGGUGGGAUAAGUCAGUCCAGUCAGCCUCCGUGUGUGCUCAGUGAUUUUGCUGCUUCCAGUGUUUGUGUAUCUUCCGCUUAAACCAUGGUAAUGAA